CAAUGCCCUGUGGGAAACGUCCGUCUGUGACUUUAUAAGAGAAGGAAAGGAAAUAAAUGAAGAAAAAAAUAUCAGUUGUAUAGUUGGAGAAAGAUAAAACAAAAGUCUGAAGAAUUUCUAAGCUACUAGAGUAUCCUUCUCAUUACAAAGAGUGAAAACAACAUCAUAAACUUUUCGUGAUAAUAAAUUCUUUUCUGCAAACCGGAAGUUCAAGUGUUUGUUGUGUGUGACGUACACUUCUAUGUCCCGAGUACGGAAGAAGUGUGUUGCCGACUGUAACUAUUUGGCCGUCAGACAACAGCUGAUGUGAGCACACAGGCCUAGUAGUAAUCAUGGCUGAAGCAAAACACCACCAGUCAAAUUUUAAAGGCUGGCUUUUUAAGUGGACGAAUUAUUUGAAAGGCUACCAAAAGCGCUGGUUUGUCCUUCAAAAUGGGCUUCUUAGUUAUUACAGGAACCAGGCGGAGAUGGCCCACACGUGCCGUGGGACCAUCAACCUGGCCAACGCCAUUAUCCACACGGAGGACUCCACCACCAUUGUCAUCAGCAAUGGUGGAGCCCAGACCUUCCACCUCAAGGCCGGCUCGGAGGUGGAGCGACAGAAGUGGAUCAUGGCCCUAGAGAUGGCCAAGUCGGAGGCCAAGAAGAUGUUGAGAGAUGAGAGUGACGAGGAAGAGGUCCAGCAGCCGGACCGUGCGGAGCUGACCAUGAUGCUGCACACGCUGAGUGCCAAGCUGGAGGACCUGCACACGUGCAACGACCUGAUCGCGCGCCAUGGCCUGGCCCUCACCAAGACCCUGUCAGAGCUGGAGUCGGCCCACUCGGCCGCAGAGGCGGCGGCCAACCUCAAGCCCGUGCAGGAGCGGGCCACCCUCUUCCGGAUCACUUCCAAUGCCAUGAUCAAUGCCUGCAACGAAUUCUACGAGCUGUCCCAGAGUCAAGGUCGCCGGUGGCAGCGCACGAUCCAGCACGAGCACGAGCGCCGACUGAAGUACGAGGAGAUGGUGGAGCAGCUGGCCAAGAACGUGGUCUCGCUGGAGAACAAGGCGCGCAUGUCUCUCUCUGGCCACCCUGUGCGCGGCUCUG